UUGGGUGCAGCUAAAAUUCUAGUUAAUGCAGGAGCUGAUGUUAACAUGGUCGACUCUGAUAAAGACACGCCUCUGCACGUAUUGAUGGGGGCCUCAGAUAGCUCAGAAGGAGAUCUGCUAAAGAAGUUAAUGAAACAGGGCGCUGGUACUCAAAGCCGUAUUAAACUGGCCACAUUCCUGUUGGAGCAUGGAGCAGACGUCAACGCCAAAAACAAACACGACAAAACUCCAAUUGAUGUCUGUUCUAACAAGACGCUGAAAAAAGCUGUAGAAAACUUCAAAAAAGAAAGUAGUAAACCUGCGCCUGCAUUAGUCAGCGCUCUGCUGUGUUCCCAGUGCUUCUCACGCACCGCUGACGUCACGUUGUUGCCAUGUAACCACAAGAUGACGUGCAGAGAAUGUCAUAAGAUGGUGUCCAUUUGUCCAAUUUGUGCAGGAGAGGUCGAAAAAGCUGUUGAUGCAGACUCCAACGAGAUACAUGUAGCUGAAGCUUUUCCUAUUGAACUUGAUUGAGGAGCAGUUGCAUCACGCAAGAAACACACACCUACGUACGUUUUGGAGAAGAGAGAAGAAGCUAAGAAAAUAAUUAAUGCAUUUCACUUAGAAAUUUGAGCAUUCGGCUAUGUUCUGUUUAGUCUUGAAUUUUGUUUCAUAAGUACACUGUUAGGUAUUGACUAUUUCAAGACGAGCAGUUAAGUGAAUAUUAUUCACAUAUACAUAACGGUUAAAGGCUUAAAAAUUACUUUAUAAUUACAAAAACAGUAAAAAUAAAUAAAUAAUAAAACCCCAAACAAAACAACACAACAAAACACACUUAUAAUUAUAAGACGUCUUUAUAAGCCAAGUGAAGGACGGGACGUAGCCUAUUGGUAAAGCACUCGCUUGAUGUUCGGUUGUUCUAGGAUUGAUGGGCCCAUUGGACUAUUUCUCAUUUCAGCCAGUGCGAAAUGACUGGUAUAUCAAUGGCCGUGGUAUGCGCUGUCCUAUCCUGUCCUGUCCUGGUGCAUAUGAAAGAUUCCUUGCUACUGAUAGAAAAAUGUGGCCGGUUUCCUGUCUAAAAAUAUCUAAAUGCUCGACAUCAAGUAGCGAUGAUUUGUAAAUCAAUGUGCUCUAGUGGUGUCGUUAAAUUAAACAAACUGUAACUUUAACUGUCUCCACUAGACGCGCAGUUCACAGUGAAUACAUCCUCUCCAGUUAGAACAUGUUCUAUUCUUUAUAUUCGUAAAACGCGUCUGUGUGUUCGGAAUCACGGCUAAAGUGUAAAAUACCCAUGAACGCACUCGCUAACCAGCCUUGGUAGUUUAGUGUUUAAGCCAUUGAUGUAAGGCUGGUAGGUACUGUGUUCGUAUCCGGUUUAAUGGUCAAAUGGGAAGAUGUAAUGCUAAAUUUAGACUACCAGCUGUCACGAUGUAGUUUGUCAACUCGCCGAUCUCUCGACUUCUACAACUGAGCCCUCUUACAACUCGAUUCUCGAGGUAUACAACACCUACGGCCGAUUAAUUUUUAAUCAGAGCUCACCCGUCGUAAGUUGGGAGUGGGGGUGGGAAUUGACAACAUAACCAACGAGUUGACCAACUCCGUCGUGCCAACUGAUAGACCGAAACUAACAUAAGGCUGCUGUACCGACUUUUCACAGUGAUACAGACACCGGCUGAAUUUUAACUGGGAUUCAAAUAUUGGAUUGAUUGUGACAGGAAUUGGGUAAGGAGAUGAGUGGUACUGCUGAAUACGCAUUUGUUAAGGGGUCACAAACAGACGUGGAAUGGGGUUAAGUGGGAGAGACAGACAGCAGUACCUGGUAUAAUCAGUGUUACUAAUACUUUGACAUUUUGACGCAGUCUUGGUGAUAUGAAAGACAAGUACGCGGACUCAUUGAAAUGACUUACACGGUGGUGGGGAGGUGGUAGGGUCGGGUGGUGGUGAGUAGGUUGGACGACUGAAUUCAGUUUCAGAUAUUCGUUGUAUAUGUGUCGAUACUUUAUAUAUAACGAGAGAAAGAAAUAAGGGAACACUUGGUAUUGUAGACUAAAUUGUAGUUGUUUUUGGUGUCAUAAUAUCUGCAUAAAGUACAAAGAUGUAAGGUGGCACUGAAUGUCAGUAAUGUAAAACCGAAUGUUAAUAAUACGGUUGACAAGGGCCGUGGAAUGUUGGGGUGGGGGUGGCGGGGAUAACAUCGCGUCGUCAUAUUUCAUUGACAUUGUUUUAAGUCUGGAAAUGCUCUAUUUGAACACAUGAAAUUCAACACUUUCUCAAAGUAAAGACCCCAGACAGGAUCGGACACUCACAUUUCCAUGAGCCGACCCAUCGCACUAACAGGCCACCCCCCAUACAGACCCUUUCAAAUACACUUCACAGGCCGUGAUGGAUGAGGAUUUUGUUUGUAGUCACCCUUCCCUGUUAGUGUUGAUGUGAUCCCUUAUUUCUUUCCAUAAAUAUACUUGUCAAAAAUAGUUUUAGUUAUGUAUUUUCAAUGUCUGUGUACGUAUACUAAGAUGCGUCCAGUAAUAUUUAAUUUGUAGUAUAAUUACUUUUUUCUAACUUAAUGUGCUACUUUCCUUUUUUUUAACAGUUUGUGAUUUUUUGUUGUGUUGUUUCAAGUGUUGCGUGUAUGGCGUGUUUUGUUUAUGACGUACUCAUGUUAAAUCACAAUAGCUCACCGAUGUUAACGUUGGUUAUACACCUGUCAUCAAAACCUCAUCUUUCAGACGUGUUUUUGAAAAUGUGUUUGAAAACAGAUGGGAUUUUAAAGGGGUUCUUUUUUACAUGUUAAAAUACCAAAAGAUAUUAGGUGAAAAGGUCAAGCUAACUUUGGAUCAAUUUCUCAUGCCUGGUUUAUUAUUGGAGUAUGAAAAUCUGCAAGUUGCACUUGGGCUAAAACAUUGGUUAUGUUGCAAUUGCACCGUUCUCGAGCACGGGUUUCAAUAACCUCAGUCUAAAAGGAGUUUAACAUUUAAUAUGAACUGAAUUAAAACAACUGACUUCACUGAAAAAUGACGAUUAGCUUUCAACUACUCGCCAAAAAGUCGGUGGUGAAGUAUAAAUCUAGCUUUAGGCGUGACUUUCGAAAUAAAACCACCAUGUAACAAAGCUAAUUAUGUGUGUUUUCUAAAUAUUUGUAUUUGUAUGCUGAGCAUUUAGGAACGUAUAUGCUAAUAUGCACGCCUUGGUGCUUGAUCGAUCGAACCAUGUAGCACAAUACAUUUCUACUUACUCGUGCUUACUGUCUAGUUCCGUACAUAACAUGAGUGAACACCACUGGUUACAUACGGAACCCCAACUUGGAUUGCAGAUUCAGUGAAAACCUGGCCAGAUGCAUCACAGAAAUUAACAUAAACAUAAAUUUUAAGAUCUAUUCUUUAUUUACAUUAGGGUUUUAUGAAAUUUGGUUCUUAUAUUUAAUUGAAAAUAACAUUAAAAUAGUGAUCAUUGUGGGUGUCCCAAUUUUCAUCUUGAUUUUUUUUUUUGGGGGGGGGGGGGGGGGAUUAUUAUUUUGGAGCAUUUGAGAGAAAAAAUGUUUUGGUCAGUCCAUGGAGAUAAAGUUUUCUUAAGAUCUGUUUCACAUGUAUUCAGGGAAUAUUUUAGGGGGAAUUGAGACAAAAUUAGUGUUUAAUUAAUUGUAUCUAGGGGUCAAAAUGGUACCAUUUUCAAAGAUGCAAAACGUGGGUUUUUUUAAAUAAAACAUAUAUAAUAAAGAAAGCUUGGGAACAGCCGUCAACCCACGGGUGCGAAGGAGGUGAGGUUUUCAGCGUGCAACGUAGCCUAGGGCAAAUCCAGUGUUACCUAUCCCAGGCAAGACAAACUGGCCUUUAGGACUUCCGAAAACAUGAGUCUCAAACAUACGAGGACAUAAAGGAAAAAUAUUAAAUCUUGUAAUACUGUAGAACGGAGAGAGACACUUGAGGUUGUUAAAAGUAAAAAUGACUACGAGAACAAUUUAAAAUCACAACAAAUGUGUAGUGUCAUGAAUUUCGCCAUUUUGUAUUAAUUCUGAAUAAAACUUUUUUUCAAAAUUCUUUUAAAUGUUUCCACUCUAUUGGUCAGAGUCGACGUGUACGUGUAGGCUGAAUUUAUAAAGGCUGUUUUUCUCUUACACCAUGUAACUACAUACACUGACAAUUUUUAAACACCUACAUUUAAGAAAAGCACACUUCGUACAUUGGGCCCAGUGUGUUUAGUUUAAAAACUGCCUUUUCGUUUAACUGAAGAAGACCAAGGUGAUCUUUUUUUUCGCUUUUUUUUUUUUUCUUUUUAUUAAAUUUUUAUUACCCCAGAAACCAUUUGGUAAUGUCAGGGUUGGGGGCCCUGAAGUCUAUAAUAUAACUACAUAUAUAUCAGGGAUCUAUCCAAACCUUCUCUGGUAUCCAAAAAGGUUCCCCUCCCAAAAGAAACAGGCAUUGAAAAUUCCCAAUUUGUCUUCAUUGUUUAUUUUGUUUUCCCAAUUUCAUCUGCUAUGGGACCCUGGUUACGUAAGGUGAUCUUAGCGCUAAGAUCGCUUCGUCGAACGGGGCCCAGAAAUAUAAAGUCAAAAUUAGAGUUUAACCCGGAAAUAAAUUGUACAAAGCUAAAUUUUUCAGGAUAGUUGAAGAAUAGUAAUAACAAGUCCCCAAGUUUCCGAGAUGUACUAACUUUGCUACAGACGUAAAUGUAUAUUUAUCGUUCUGUAACCCGACUACG